CACGGAGUUAACGAUCACAGUGACUCAGUUAAUUUGAGCGUGUCUAGAGGGGAAGGUUGAUGCAGACAACUGGCUGGUGUAUUGACAGUCGGAGGGGGAACAACCUAUGACUGUAUUCUACACAUCAACAUGAGAUGCUUUCGUCAUGUGUAUUCAUUUUGUUUUUCGUGAAUGAUCGAGACCUGCCCUCUGGGGGAAAUGUGACUCCGAUGAUAAAAUGAUGUUUAUGGAUGUGUUUCUGCAGGGCGAAUCUAACUGCUGUGUUUAGAAUAAUAUUAACGUCACUGCAAUGAUUGAGUUUUCGAUAAGGGGCCAACCUUCACCUUUUGGAGAAACUAGCCAUAUUUUUAUUUAAAGUGAAAGCUGUUUUAAAAAUAAAUCGAGAUAAGAAAGCGGGAUCUGCUGUGGAGCUAGCUAGAGGCGCUGAUUUUGAAGAGUAUUGACGAAGGAAGUGGAGUCGAGAAAGUUGAGUCGGCUGGCAAAGAAAGGUGUCAACGACAGUCAAGGGAGGUGUAGGGGUGUGGAGUGUUGCGAGUAAAAACAUAGAAAGGGCGUCAAAGAGAGACACUUUAGAACCGGGGCCGACAGUAACGCGUUUUGAUCAACACAAACGCCGAAACUGAUCGCCAAAUACACAAUCUAUCGCUAUUAUUGAUGGAUUUUGGAUAACAAUUAAAACUAUGUGACGAAUUUACUCAUCGAAAAAAAAAAAGACGGCUUAUUUAAUACAAACUGAAAGACGACUAAAAGCAAAUAAGGAGAGACGAAAGUGCAGUAUUUCAAAAGAGAAAGCCUUGAGUUCCCUGAAAGUGUCGGCCAAUAUUGUGUCGAACAAGGAUUCCGAAAGUUUGAAACAUAGUCUACAGAAAGAAGAAGAGAGAGAGGGGGAGGGAAACACGAAAGCUCUCGACAUAAAGGCAUCGUAAAGAAGAUCGUCACUUUAAAGGAUAAAUAGUUUUAACCAUCCUGUGUCGACGAAGAGCUUCGUCAAAUAGAGCGUCGAAGAUAUUUAAGAAACUAUUAGUGAGCAGUCGACAAAAAUGCAUCGUGUAGUUUAAAAGAGCGCCACUAUAGAAGGAACCACAAUUUUUUCCAAAAACUAUCAUCAUCUUGUGUCGAAGGAGGAGGGGUUCGUCAAACCAAGCGUCGAAUAUACUCUUUAAAAAACAAAGAGAGAGCUGUCGACGGAAAAGCAUCGUGAAUGAAGGAUUUGAGUAAAGAGCGUCAUUAAAGGAACCGCAAAUUGUUUUUUGUUUUUGUAAGUAAUUACCUCGUAAUUUUGUGUCGAAGGAGUAGGGUUUCGUCAAACUGAGUGUCGAAGAUAUUCUUUAAAAACAAUUAUUCAUUAACGAAACAUAAUGUUUGUCCAAGAUUAAUAUAUACUCAAUCAUCUUGUGUCGAAGGAGGGCUUCGUCUAUAACCGAGUGUCGAAGAAACAAGCAAAGAGCUGUCGACAGAAAGGUGUUGUUAGGGACGUAAGUGAAUCACAGCCAUUCACGGCACCCAGGGACAUCCUGAAGGCUUUGGGAUUCACAACUUCAUGGCCAAAGCAGCCUGGACAUCUAACCGCGCUGUCCCUACCAUGGCUCUGAAAGACUUCCCCUCCUCGCAGAAGAGGAAAGUUGCCUUUAGACUCGACCACCAGGAGGAGGAACACCCGGGUCCGACCACGCCCCUCAAGCUACCAUUGAGGGGGAUAUUCGACAUUGGGAGUAAACAUUAUGACGUCACGCUGGAGAAGGACAGGAUCAGUUGGAGUCUUAUACAGCCGGCGAGACACGAUGGGCAAAUUGGAAGCAGAGGCGCCUCGGUCUCCAUGCACGACGUGUACGCCGUCAAGAUCAAGAGGGUGCAAAAACCGGGCAAGAACCGGGGAUAUCCGAAGGGCGUGACCCUGUCCGUAGCCACGCCCUGCAAGAAGGAUCCGAACAUACUGACAGAGGACUGCGUCACACUGCGGUCGACCAAUGAGGAGAACUGUCAGACGUGGUGCAGCGCUAUCGACUCCGUGUUGAAAGGGUUUCCAGAACGACCAAGGCGCCUACGUGUGUUUGUUAAUGGUUGGCUAAACGAUGGUGCCGCAACACGCGUCUUCUACUCUAAGGUGGUACCGGUCUUCCAGGCGGCAGGAACCAGACUUGACGUCAUAGUUACAUCAAGAGAGGGCAGUGCCCACCAGAUUCUUCAAACCGUUGAUUUAGACAGUUACGAUGGGGUUGUUUGUGUGGGCGGUGAGGACACAGUGAACGAGGUGGUACAUGGUCUCUUGGAGAGGACUCAGGUGGAUUCGGACCUUGUGGACAUUGAUCCGGAUACUAAGCUUACUAAGUGUGACAUACCGCUUGGUAUCGUCCCAGUUGGAAUGUUUAACACCGUUGCUCAUUCGUCGCAGGGUACCAGCGAUGCAUUCACAGCAGCUCUCAACAUCGUUCUUGGUCACCGACACCCAUUGGACGUGAGUGCAAUCUUCCACAACCGAGCUUUUAUUCGGUUUGGUUUUUCCCUGAUGUACGGCUUCGGUGGCGACUGUCUCCGGAGGGCUGAGAGGAGAAGAACCAAGGGCGUGGUCGGGUCAAGAGCAGCAGAGUACGCAACAGUCAGAAGUGUCUUCAAAUUGAGACCGUAUCGUUGUUCUGUUGAGUAUCUACCGUCCGAGUCAAGCCUGGUGAUAACCGACAGAUUGCCUUGUAGAACGGGGUGUGCGACAUGCAAGACCGAGCACCCGAAGGAUAGGACACAGGGUGAAGACCCCCCCGGGGAACCAGGAGCGAAAGACGGCACUAGCGAAGUGCCCGAAGUCGGUGGUGGUGGAGGGACCGGACACGGCAGAAAUGGGAGAGCUAAUGGGAAGUGUGUUCGUGUUGUAGAGGGCAGUAGUGAAGAGCAGCCGGAUAGGGGAACGACAGACUCUCACAUACCUGACGGUGAAUGGAUCAGCCUGACGGGUAACUUUCUUAGCAUCAGUGCGUUGACCCUUCCUAACCUCUGCAGCUGGUGCCCCCGUGGCCUUUCACCUUUGACCCACCUAGCGGAUGGUCGGCUUGACCUGGUGCUGGUACGGGACACGGCCAGGGGGGAGUUUGUGCAGCAUCUAAGGCGGCACGCAACCACCAAAGACCAGUUCGACUUCCCAUUCGUAUCCGUCCACUGCGCAAGAGCCGUGCGCAUCCUCCCCCUGGGCUGGGAUGACAAACCAUGUACGUCACUCACCGAAGACAGUCAGAGUGACGUAGGAGAUUUCAACAGCGAAGAAGCCUCUCUCAAAACAGACAUUGGGGGCGCUGUAACGGCAACCACGAAGAAGGAGUUCUCCAUGUGGAACGUCGACAUGGAACUCAUGGCACCCGUUGCCAUGGAGAUGAGGGUACACAACCAACUGCUGACUCUAUUCGCAUCAGGCAUUCAAGAAGCGGAACCUGCGCAUGUCAGCUGCGGAUGCCUCUGACGUCACAAGGCUCUGCGUCCGUUGACCGCCAUUAACAAAAAACAAAGCCAAGAUCAACAGACCUUGGGUCACUACCGGCUUAUAAUUAUUACUUCCGGUACAUAUUGCAUUCGUUACUGGAACCAGUACCAAGGAACCAACUCGUCCGAAACCAACUCGUCCAGAACCAACUCGACUCUCGUUGGAUGACUUCCCUGAUGGGUUGAACAAGCCACAUCAACCCCUUGCCAUUGUUUAAUAAAGUCCGUCUUCCUAUUUUUCUAUGACACGUUAUAAUGAAAUGAAACCACUAACUUGGUUCAUCAACACCUUGACUUGUGGACAACUCGUUAAAAUGUCUGUCGUGGUGAUACCGAGACGGCUCUCUCGCAAUUAUCUCACAAGAGGGCUGCUCUCUGCACGAGAGGGCUGCUCUCUGCGCGAGAGACUAUUGCUGAGAGCUAGAGCAGUAUGUCUCCUCACUCAGAUAUCAGCCCUCUCGUGAGAUAGUUUGGCGAGAGCCGUUUCGCCAUCACCGCGGCAGACAUUUUAACGACUUGUCCACAAGCCUAAUCAGCAGCCAAAGGUGAAUGCCACAAGGCAACAGAGAGAUUGGCCCUGAAACAUGAGAAGUUCUUCCGAAAUACAAGUGUUACUGGCUAUUCAUGAGCUACUUCUAUAUACAGUGACUAGAGUUGUUCGGGCUUCAAGUAUUAAGAGUAUUAUUUUAGUGGACGCUAUAGGUAGCAGCAGACAUGCGUUAAGACAUGUCAAUGUUCUGUAUGCACGAGCAAGAUCACCACGUAGAGUGUGAUAGAGUGUUGAGGGUGCACUUAACACAAUCAACCACUAGAGGGCUCCCUUUGUAAUAAAUGCGACUGUUACUAAAAGAUUAUCAUUGGUGUGAAUACCAUCUUUGAGGAAACCUGGUGCAGUUCCACCACUAGAGGGCUGUCACCACAGGAGCAACACAAUCUCCACGCGACAACUCGUCUUGCAGACACGUAGCAUUAGACUAUAAUGCUUAACUGCACUUUCACUUUAUAGUUUUAGUUAAACAUUUUGAUAAACAUACUUUGAACAAAAUGUAACUACUUUAUCUUAUAAUUUAGUGUAAAAUACGAAAAAACGCUACGGUGAAGUUAUCUUGAGUGAACACAAACUCAAAACUACGGGAACAAUGAACUAUUAUCUAGCCAACGUCCCUAAAUUCCCGAUUGUGGAACUACCAAAAACACCAAUCAUUCCAUUAAUACAACGUGGUAAUAAACAACAACUGAUCUAAUCAUGUAGCUAUAGACAGAGUGAUCACAUGGUGUUUAUUUCAAAAUCCAAGUUUCAUUACUUCAUGUUCUCCUUUAUGCUCACAACAGCUUCAUGAAAUUGGGGCCCAUCAAUUCAAUUCAAUCCA